AUGUCGAGACGUUUUUCUAAAGCAGGAGAUUAUUACUGUUCCAUCUGUAAGGACAUCUUCAAGGACCCUGUUGUGUUGACAUGCAGCCACAACUUCUGCAAAGACUGUCUGAAGCGACGGUGGUCGCGCACAGUGAUGAACCUGUGUCCUCUGUGUAAAAAAAUAUCUCACAAAGACCCGCCCCGUAACUGGGCAUUAAAAAACCUGUGUGAUUCUGUCACAUUGAACCUUUCAAUGGAGGAGAAGGCCCCUGCAGGGUCUGAGGAUCUCUGCAGCCUGCACUCAGAGAAACUGAAGCUCUUCUGUCUGGACCAUCAGCAGCCAGUGUGUGUUGUCUGUCGGGAUUCCAGAGCACACACCAACCACAGAUUCAGUCCCAUUGAUGAGGCUGCAGAGGACUACAAGAAGGAGCUAAGGCAACAACUUAAGUCCACACAGGACCAAAUAAAGCACUGCAUAAAAGUCCAAUUUAACUGGGAUCAAACAGCGCAGCAUAUCAAGGCCCAGACUCAAACCACAGAGAGUCAGAUUCGGGAGAAGUUUAAGAGACUUCAGUAUUUUCUCACUAAAGAAGAAGAGGCCAGGGUCUCUGCUCUGAGGAGGGAGGAGGAGCAGAAGAUUGGAAUGAUGAGGAUAAAGAUUCUGACUCUGAGCAGACAGAUCGAGUCUCUUUCAGACACCAUUAAAAGCACAGAGCAGGUGCUGCAGUCUGAAAGGAUCACAUUCCUGAAGAAUUACCAGGCAGCACUUGAAAAAGUCAAGCAGCGCCCCCCGGUGGAGGAUUCCCAGCUAGGCCCAGGAGCUCUCAUAGAUGUGGCCAAACACCUGGGCAACCUGACCUACAACAUCUGGAACAAGAUGAAGGAGGUGGUUUCGUACUCUCCUGUGAUUCUGGAUCCAAACACUGCCGGAUCAAACCUCUUUGUGUUUGAUGACCUGAAACAUGUGUUGUUUGUAGAGCAACAGAGUCCGCUUCCACAGAACCCAGAGAGAUUUGAGAGGCACCCGAUGGUGCUCGGAUCCAAGGGCUUCAACUCGGGGACUCACAGCUGGGAUGUGGAAGUGAGGAGUGAUAAAAGCUGGGCUGUGGGUGUGAUAAGAGAGUCUGCAUCAAAGAACAAAGGUAACCUGACUGGAUACUGGGAGUUGCAGUAUUGUGAUGGUGUAUACAAAGUGUCCUCUCCACCAGAUGCAGAUGAGUUUCUCUUCAUGCAGGAGCAGCUGCAGAGGAUCAGGGUGACACUGAACUGGGAAAAAGGGACACUGUCUUUUUUUGAUCUGGGUACAAACACACACCUUUACACAUUCUACCAGGCCUUCACUGAGCGUGUGUUUCCCUACAUUAACACGAUAAAUACAAAGCAACUGAGCAUAUUACCAAAGAAAGUCAUGGUACAGUUUGAGAUGUAGAUAUAAACGUUAGAGUCCCUGGAAACCAUCCUAUAAAAGCUCCUUUAUCUUCUGCUGCUAUGCUCACAAUAUCUCUAUGUUUAUAUCUUAAUGUGUGUUUCUAUGCAUGACUGUAGCAGCAUUUUGGAGCUCGGUUACAUUUGCAGGUAAUGAAAAUAGUUAUUGUCUACAUUCAACCUUUACCAUACAUUUAAAUUAGACAAAGGUGUGUGAGAGUGAAGUCGUUAGGUUUAUUUGAGUGUUUUUGAAUUCAGCUCCAGCAAAGCGGAGCUUGUAAAUAGAACUCACUUGUAAAAUUAGGCGUCAUUCAUCUUAAGUUUGCAUACAGUCAUUACAGUUUUGAAGAAGUCGCAUCAAACUGAAAUGAUGAAAUAGGAUCCAACUGUGUUUAUUUGGGUUUCAUUGUUGUUGUAAAUAAUAUAAAAUGUUGGUUUAGAGAUGGCAGAGAGAAAUAUAACUUUGAUGUGUUUUUGCAGAUGUCCAGUCUGGGCUAAAACGUCUGUCAUGAA